AUGAAGUUCUCCUUUGCCAUUGUGUUCGCUGCUGCCCUCCAACCAGUUGUUGGCGCCACCACGAACCGCAGUUCCUCCUUUUUUCUGCCUUCCAACAGCACUGUUGCUCGAAGCUCCCUCCGAGGACGCGACCUCCAAACAGCCUCGACACUGGACAGUGGCAAGUCCGUUGUCAACAACAUUGGGUACAUCUUGCGCGGUUAUGACACUGUCAAGGGUAACCCGCUAGACACUAGUGGGAUGGCCAAUGUUGACCACGGUUACCGUCAGCCCAUUUUUGACGUGUCCUCGACCGGGUAUGAGCUAAUGCCUGAUCUCGAGCAUUACACCCCGAAGAGCAUCAACGUUCUUGAAUGCGAGGGGUGCAACAUGGAUUUCAGCACCAGAGUCCUUGACACCUCGCAAGCUUAUGUCAACUCUCUUUCCGCCAAAGUCUCUGUACAAGGCCGGGUCGGAGGAUUCUUCAUGAAAGGUUCUUUUUCUGCUUCCCAAGCUUACCAAUCAUCUACUGACAGAUUCUUCAACAAACACGAAGUCUCCACAGAAUCGGAGGUAUCCUGCUGUGUCUAUCAAGCUGAGCUUCAGGCGUACAACAUGCCUCCGUAUUCCCAGAACUUUUUGGCUGCCGUGAAAAGGAUGACAGAUGUCCAGAAUGACAGCGACAGGCUGAGGCAGGAAGUUCGGCUUUUCGUCCAAAACUUUGGCACACACUAUGUCAGCAAGGCGACCAUGGGGUCGCUAUUUGGAGAACAGAGUUUCCUGAGCAAGGAAGCUGCGAGUCAGAAAGAUUCUCAAGGAAAUGACAUAACGGUGCAAGCAACAAUGAGUGGUUGGAUUGCUUCGGGCAGCGUUGAUGCUAGCCUCACGACGAAAAACGCUGCUGCCAGCGAGUUCCGCAAGAAGACUACCCAGCGUUCUGUCUACUCUCGAGGAGCCAAGCCACCGGUAAACGGUGACAUCAACCAAUGGCUGCAGGAUUCGUCUAAGAAUCCUUUGCCCACGUACAUCGAGGUUCAGGCCAUCGUGGACCUCGAUGUCUUCAACGGGAAAACCAAAGUGUUGGAAGCGCUCAAGAGUGCUCUUUCUGGUUAUUGCCAGGAAGUGGGGCAGUGUGACGUGCCUUCGGGUACGCAGCACGUCACAUCGGUUGGGGAGCUAGCAAGUCAGAAAACGACAGCCCAUUACCCCGAACUAGUUGGUGGUGGACACCAUAGAUUUGCCAGUGUUCCUGACGGAAUCGAAGAAAGCAUUCUCAGCAACGCCUGGGUUUACACGGGCCUGCGUGGUGAUUUCUCCAACGACGGCACGAAUAUUGACAAACACUACUACUCAAUCAUUGCGGACUUUAGAGACCCCAACCACAUGGAGAAUGUAGAGUACGGUAACAACGGCCAGUGGACAGGGCUUGACGAGCACUUUUGGAUUGGAUGCCCCGCCGGAAAGGCAAUUGUUGGCAUGUCAACAAAAUACAACUACCAAGCCCAGGACAGGCAGUUUAGGGUCAAAUGUGCAAGCUUUGCGAACAUGGAUAUAGCUCAUUACGGCUGGAAGCCAUCGGGCUUGCAAAUGACGAAUGGGUGGGCGGAUCUCCCAGUCCUCAACAACUAUGGCGAGUCGCUGAACUACAACUGCCCCCGAAAUCAUGUUAUGCUUCAGAUGGAGUCAAUUCACGACAAUGGUUCAAGAGACAGGAUUUUUAAAAUUAUGUGUGGUCUUGUCAGGGGCAAGCCAACCCCUGGCACGAGCAAGCUCACACCACACAUCAACGACUACACGAGGAACUUUGUCUACUGGACCCUCAACAGCGCAGUCUUCAAAGGCAUUGUUUUCACCUAUGAUCACAGCUCCAAGGACAAAGCAUUCAAAUUCGUCGAGCUGGGGUUGCCCGCUGGAGUUACCACAACUGCAACCGGACGGAGUGGCUGGCUGAGAAACGACUUUGUCUAUUCAUGCCCUGGCGGCAAAGUCAUUACUGGAUUCGAAUCCGCAUACACCAACUCUGGCUCGAAUAGAUCCUACAAAAUCCAAUGCAGUGCAAUCAGAUCAUACAACAUCCUUGACCAAGGAGGAGCUGUUGUCAAUGCUGGUGCUCAGUAUUCUCAUGAUUUCUUUUCAGGAUUUCGAGGAGCGGGCUCCAGCGCCACGCUGGAAUGCCCGAAUAACCAGGUGAUGACAGGUGUCAGGAACAGGUGGGAUUACAAUGCGGGAGGUGCCGCCUUUAGCAUCUUGUGCAAUGGUUUCACCAACGGAGCCCAGUAA